CUUAUCCCCUCCAUCCAACGGCGAUAGUGCAGUCGAUGUUACCCGCACGUCACACGUCAAUGGUGAUACCUACAUCACAGUGAAGCAUCACAAGACCAUCCUGGUUUCGGUGUUUUUGAUGCGCAGCAGAAUGAGCAACAAUAACUCCCCUGCCAUUCUUGCCUACCAUCAGUGAAUUCAUGACUCCUUGGUAUUGUAGCCGUGGAAUUUAUAGAAGGAUGUAAUUCUGCUCCUGCAAACUACAUCAGGAAAACCCUCCCAAGGCAAAUUAGACAAAAUUCACAUAAAAUUGCUAAGGAUGAUAAUGUUAGAUGCACUUCAGUCACCCCUCCCAAAGUACCUCUUAGGUACAUAUAUUCUCUCCUAAAAUCCCACCUAAGGGGUAUGUUUUUGCAUGGUAUUCCCAUCCAAUAUGGUCAUCAGCCUGGGCCUUCCCAAUACUUUCCCUAGGGGGGCUGGGCCAACUGGGCCAAUAUAUUUAGUCUGUCCCAUGACCCAUGUAGGCUAUCCCAAGCAGCAAUUUCUAAGGGUUAUCCCAUUAUCAGCCAGGGUGUCAGGGGUCUACUGUAGAGCUACAACACUAGGAUUUGCCUCACAUAGUGCUAAUGAUGGUAACAAGUGGACUUGGAGACUCUGUGGCCUUAAAGCCUGCCAGGAUUUGCCUCACAUAGCACUAAAUUGUAACAAGUGGACUUGGAGACUCCAUGGUCUUAAAGCCUGCCAGAGUUGCUCUCGCAUGGUCAUGUUUUUGACCAGAGCAAACUGCCACCCUUUGCACAAUUCAACCAUCCCAUCUCAGACUCUGUCUGUCAUGCAGCUACUCAACAUUGAUCUUUGCACAUCACUGGACUGUGAUCUUAGCUCAGACACCAUCAUUUUUUCAACAAGUCCCCCUCUCCUCAGCCUUCCCAAUGAUUUCACAGCAUGCUCCUUGAUCAGUUCAGUCAGGCUUGGUUCAAUGGUCAUGCUUCAGUCAUCCAUCCACUUUCCCCAACAUUUCAUCUUCCAUUCUGGGUUCUUUCCUACUAGAGAGAGAUCUCACAUACCCUCAAGGCCUGUCUCGCCUGGAUAUUGGCCCAUGAUUGGGUCCUUCAGAGGCUUGAAGAUGAAGAUGACAAUGUACUGUGCUUUCGAGUCAGUCAUAGACAAGGUUCUCAGUGUGUUUGAGCAUUUGCCAUGGGAUAUUGAAUUGAAGGGGUUUGGUGCUCACACCAGUAUUCACACAUCUGAACUUCUCCCUCUACUUGCUGACUCAAUGGUCAAUGGUCAUUUACUUGAUGCUCUUGUUGCUGCUAUCAAUGAUCAUGUGGAUGAACACAAUGGUACUGUUGUUGUGCAAACCACUCUGAAGUCUAUGAUGUGGGUGACAUUGCUGCUGAAGAUGUGGAAGGUGGCUUGA